UAUGUGUACACAAGACCUUUGACAUUGGUUCGCUGAUAACGAGCUCAUCAUUAUCUCCGGGAUGAAGUGAAAGACCUCACAAUUUCGCCAGUUUGUUCUUACAUUCGGUUCGAUUCGGUCGUGUUCUCUCCCUUCAGUUGUUUCAAGUCAAGUGGAUUAAGUGGCACUCAAUUGUAUCCAUAACGGUGGAGAUAUUCCCCCGGAUAUCGUGCGGCGACAGACGGAUUGUGUUUAAGUGAAAUAAUACUACUAUAUUAUUUUAUUGUGCACCCGUGGCGGAUGGAGGGACCCGUUGAAAUCGAGUGAUAUGAAAUCUCAGGAAACACAAAGUUCAAGUUUAAAAUGAUGGCGUUAAAUGGUGGCACAUGGGACGAUCGGCGCGUGGUGAAUUAAGGAUUAUCAGUGAAACGUGCGCCAGUGAAGCCGAAAAGCGCCAAGAAGAACGCAAUCGUGGCAGAAGAUUGAGUUGUUGGAUUCUGGGCGGUCGCCCGAUUCGGAAAGUGUGCCAGUGGUAAUCAGCAACUUACAUGAGUAUUGUGAUGCUGAUGUCCAUUUCUUUCCUGCGUAGUGUAAUCAGUUUGCAGUUCGAAGAAACAAGUCUAUGUUAUAUAUAUAUUUUCACCAGUGGAAUAAGAAUACUUAAUGCUAAGCAGCCAGUGAAGACGAAGCAUUAUCAUUAGUUUGGAAUUUACUUUCCAGGAGGUGCCAUCCAUGAGCGGAAAUGAUGAGAUAGUAUUAUGAGUUCGACGUAACCCAUGCUCUGUGAUAGAUAAUAGUGAACUGACGAUUGCCGUACGCACGAUGGGCAGGCGGAAAUAUUUGCUUGUGUUCUUAGUAUUAGCAGUGUACUGCAAUGGAAUCAGUCAUGCGGAGAAAAGAAAUCCACUGAAAGACCCUCGGAUAUGUGGGCGUCCGCAAUGUCAUGAAACAAACAACAAAUUUAGGUAUCAGCAGUAUCGACUGUACAAGUAUGAUUACUCCAUGUACGUUAAAACCCAUUUCUCCGGGAGUGGAGAAAAUUCGUCGGAGCUGCAUCUUAUAGCGGCCGUAGAAAUAGAUUUCCCAAAACCUUGCCAGGGUUUGUUGAAAUUGCACUCCAUUGAGGUGCGCGAUCGACCGCUGCCGGUAGUUGAAGAGCAGGACUUCGAGUAUGGUGCAGAUUACGUUGAACCACCGCCGGAGGUUGAACUGCACCCGAAAAGUGAUGUUAUCUCCGAGGAGCUGAUGCGGUUUGAGCUCAAGUUUGCCUUCCACGAUGGCGUGGUGGGUGAAAUCUGCCACGAGGAGGAGGAACCGGUGUGGACCUUGAACUUGAAGCGUGGUAUUUUGUCGUCGUUCCAAAACAGCAUGCCACGGUUCGACAUCGACUACCACACAACGGAAACGGACGUAUCUGGGGUUUGUGAUGUUUCGUACACCAUGAGCGGAUCUAAGGGCACAAGCUUAACAAUUAGGAAGACGAAGGAUAUUGCUUCGUGCAAAAGGCGGUAUAAGACUAAUUCGUUGAUUCAGACGGUGCCGUAUGAGUUUAGGCCGAACUAUGUUGCUUGGCCAAUUCUGAAUUCCACCAGCUACUGUAACAUAUCGGUAGACAAUUUCGUUUACAAGGAAGCCAUCUGUUACGAGCGACAUCAACUUGUUCCAUUUUCCAACGGACAAGCUGGUGCGGUCACGGAAUCAUUUAGCAAGUUGACAUUGGCCGACGAGGAAUCGUAUACACCAGAGGAGCAAAACGUUGACGACGAAUAUGAAAUACAGAAACGGUCCAGCCUAAUCUACGAUCAUACGCCAUCGGCUCGGGAUAGUCAUGAUGAGAUCAAAGCAUCCCGUGAACUGCUAAAAGAGCUGUGCCGUCAAGGAUUUCCGGAUAUUCAACGGAACUUCCCGGAUGUGUUUUUAAAUUUUCUGUCAACCACUAGGGUGUUGUCACUUACGGCACUUUCCCAGCUUUUGUACCGAUCGAAAAGUAUUUGCGAUAAUGGAAAGUAAGUAGCUAGUAUGAUGUUCACGUAUAGAUCUGAUCUGUACAAAUUAACACAAAUCUCUGAUUGGUCGUGCCACAUCUCUACU